UGGCGCUAUAGCCGCGGCGCGCUCAUGCUACAUCUACAAUUUUACAAUACCUAUAACCAAUACCUAAUUAACUGUUAAAAAUGCUGUAAAAUCAUAACAAUAUUCCUAAUAUUCAUACAAAUUAUUGAAUCUAACUACCUACUUUAGGUAGGUAGUACUUAAUAACAUAGUUUUUUUUUACGGCGGAAUCUACAUGUAAAAACAGCACGAUCAUAGUAUUGAACUUGGCAUUGAACUUUGAACGGAUCACAUUGUUUGUUAAUAUAUUAUCGCUGUGAUAUUCUGAAUGAGGUAAAUAAUUUACGGAGGUAUUAUUUUCAUAUCUAGCUAGUACCGGUAGGUCACCGUCAACGGUAGACGUAUAAUAUCUAUUGACAUUAUUGACUAGUUUGUAUUUGCUCCUGUACCUACAUAUCUACUCUUUGAUAUUGUCUCAGUGCCAGUGUAGACCGGUAAUUAAUUUUACAUAAAUUUUAUUGCAAUGUCACGUUUAGACCUCGUAAUAUUUGGGGCUACGGGUUUUACGGGUAAGCAAGCUGUAAUACAUAUGGUAAAAUUUGCUAAGAAAUAUGACCUUGCAUCAUGGGGAGUUGCCGGUCGAUCUGAAGCGAAACUUCGCUCUAUGAUGACAGAGGUAUCCAAAAAGACUGGAGAAGAUGUUUCGAGUGUGAAAGUCAUAAUAGCAGAUAUAGAUGAUGAUAAAUCUCUCAAAGAUAUGUGUGUUCAAACUAAGAUGAUUGUUAAUUGUUGUGGACCUUACCGCAAGUAUGGGGAACCUGUCGUCAAAGCGGCUGUGGAGAACAAGACUAAUUAUGUAGAUGUAAGUGGUGAACCCCAGUUCAUGGAAACAAUGCAGAUCCGUUAUGAUGAACAAGCACGGCAAGCCGGAGUGUUUAUCGUUAGCGCGUGUGGUUGGGAUAGCAUUCCUGCUGAUAUGGGAGUAAUCUUCCUGAAACAACAUUUCGCUGGUACUCUUAACUCUGUGGAGUCUUACUUAGAGUCGUAUUUGCCACCAGAAUUUAAGGCUGAGUCACGCGAACGAGGCCUCAUCAAUUAUGGCACAUGGGAGUCAUUGGUCUAUGGUAUUGCUCAUAUGAAUGAGUUGCCAGGUCUAAGGAAGAAGUUGUAUCCUGAACCUCUACCUCGCUUAAAGCCCAAACUUCAACGUCAAACACUGCACAAGAAGGAUGGCAAGUGGUAUCUCCCAUUUCUUGGAGCUGAUGAGUCAGUUGUCUAUCGUACUCAGCGCUAUUUAUAUCACAAUGAACAGGAACGUCCUAUUCAAUUCAAAGCUUACUUCAAAUCUGGAAGUUUGUGUCAAUCCAUUCUUAGUAUUUUUGGAGCCGUAAUACUAUUAAUUAUGACAAAAAUGUCAUUCACCAGAAAUAUUUUGCUUAAAUAUCCCAAGAUUUGUUCCCUGGGCAUGGUGACAAAGGAGGGUCCUACUGAUAAUGUUAUGAAUAAUACACAUUUUUCAUUUGAGCUUGUCGGAAAAGGAUGGGAGAGUGGUUCUGAUGUACAGAACACAAAGCCAAAUAAGACCGUUGUUGCUAGGGUUACUGGCACAAAUCCAGGAUAUGGUGCCACAGUUGUAGCACUUCUGAUGGCAGCACACACUGUUCUCAAGGAGAAAGAGAAGUUGCCUGGAGCAGGUGGAGUUACAACUCCAGGAGCCGUUUUCAAAAAUACCAAUUUAAUAAAUAAACUCAUCGAAAAUGACUUGAAGUAUGAAAUUGUUGGGACCAAGUAACAUUUAAACUUGCAAGCAUUUUUUUUUAAAUUUAUUUUUGGCAUUAGAAUUUAAGGUUUAGUUUUUAUUAUGGAAAACUAUGUGAGAGCAUAAUGCGAGGAAACCAUUUCUAUUUAAAUAAAUACUUAUAUAAAUAU